AUGUCUUCUGACUCGGAUGACGAAUACCAGUCGAGCGACAACGAACUUAUCGAGCCUUUACUACGAGAGAACAAAAGACUGAGAUGGACUUUGGCAAAAUACCAGAAGAAAAAUUCCCUCCUUAAAAAUGUCUUAUCUGAGAAAGAUAUUAAAAUAUCUGAUCUGCAGAAACGCGAUGAGGACAGGUAAUAACCUGAUUUUGCAAGAAAAGGUAGUUCCUGAUUUUCGCCUGUAUAUUUUCUAAAAGAAAGUUUGAGGAAACGGACUUAAUGUUUAACACUGAAACAUUUUCUUACAAAUCCUUCAAAACUUAGAAUGGCAAAAUUCCUACUAAACCAGCCUAGCUUAAAGGGCAUAUGACUCGAAAAUUGACGGUGUUAUUUUUUAGUGUAAUUUGAAAGAUCAUUGAAAACUGUAGAGUAACUUCUUUGAUAGAUUUUUGUUUUCUUGCUUCGUUUUGAAGAUAUUUCAUUUUGUAAGAUAUGCAAAGUACCAACUUUCUACAUCACAUAUGCAUAAUGACUUACUUUAAAAUGUUAUAUAAUUUUGUCACUAUCAAAUAAAUUCGCUCAAAAUGAAUGAUGAGCACGAGAUUUGUCCACAACCACACCCAUGUAGGUUUUCUACUGAUUGUGUUUAGUCAUAUUAAAGAAAAACAGCUUUUAGGGCAAAAUCAUUAUGCAUAUGUGACGUAGGAAGUUAGCCUGCUCGCAGCCUGAAAUUUUCCCCUUCUAAAUUUCAGGCUGCGAGCAGGCUAGUAGGAAGUUGGUCCUUUGCAUAUCAUCAUACAAAAUGAAAUAUCUUCAAAACGAAGCAAGAAAACAAAAAUCUAUCAAAGAAGUUACUCUACAGUUUUCAAUGAUCUAGACUAAAAAAUAACACCGUCAAUUUUCCAGUCAUAUGCCCUUUAACGAUACUUUAUUUAUUUAUUUAUAGGGACGAACUCGUCUCGAAACAAGAAGAUACAAUACGAAACCUGAUUCGCCAAAUGAACGAGCAAACCUCAGAGCUCAACUUUAUGGCGGCAAAACUGAAGGACGCCUCGGGCGAAAGUGGAAAUGACGUAAACCCCACGCGUGACGCCAUAUCCCCGCGGGACACGGAAGUGACGUCCCUUAAAGCGACAAUCGAUAUACAAAGCCGAAGAAAUAAUGAGUUAAGUGAUGAGUUACAACAGGAAAGGAAGAAACGGGAAAAACUGGAAACUGACAUCGAUAUGUGGAGGUUCAACAUGGGAGAAUGUGAACGAGAGAUCGAACAGCUCAAGGAACAACGAGAGAAAUUAAGGCAAUUAUGAAUUAGUUAGUUAAUUAGUAUUAAUUAGUGUCUUAACUAGAUAGCUAUUUAGGAAGAACAGUUUAGAACUGAUAGAGCUAUCCAGUAUAAAUAAAGUUAGUUUAGGUUUCCUCCUGUAGUAACACUGUAUCAAUAAGAGAUGAUCUUUACUGGACCUCUAGGAAGAACAGUUUAGAACUGAUAGAGCUAUCCAGUAUAAAUAAAGUUAGUUUAGUUUAGGUUUCCUCCUGUAGUGACACUGAAUCAAAAAGAAAUGAUCCUUACUGGACCUCUAGGAAGAACAGUUUAGAACUGAUAGAGCUAUCCAGUAUAAAUAAAGUUAGUUUAGUUUAUGUUUCCUCCUGUACUAACACUGGAUCAAUAAGAGAUGAUCCUUACUGGACCUCUAGGGAGAACAGUUUAAAACUGAUAGAGCUAUCCAGUAUAAAUAAAGUUAGUUUAGUUUCGGUUAAUUAGCUCCAAUAUAUCGGUUAUCUGCCUGACAUAAGCUAUUUUACCAACAAGAGAAUUUUCUAGUCUAAUGUAACUCGUGUUUGUUUCCGCAGACAAGAUUUUCAGCGAACGAAGAGAGACGCUGACGUGAGCAAGCGACUUCUGAGCGAUGUUAAAAUGCAACUGAAGAACAUGAAAAGUGAACAGGAACAAGCUCAGGGCAAGGUGGAGGAACAGAAGAAGGAAGCAGUGGAGGCCAAGUCUCAGGUGGACAAAGAAAGAAAAGCAGCGACAAAGUUCAAAGAAGAUCACGAUAAAAUGAAAGAGAAAUUCGAUGAAUAUCGCAGAGGUGAGGUUGUGAUUUUAAGAUCGGGUUCACAGGGGACCAAAUUUGCACUAUUUUAAGUCUGGUUGACACUAUCAAAGUUUCUAUGAUCACAGUAGGAAUUUUGCAUGGGUAAAUUCUAACUUUUGAAGGAUUUGUAAGAAAUGCUUGAGGAAACUGACUUAGUGUUUAACAGUGAUUCAGUUCCCUCAAACUUCUCUUACAAAUCCUUCAAAACUUAGAAUUUACCCAUGCAAAAUUCCUACUGUGAUCAUAGAAACUUUGAUAGUGUAACCCAGCCAGUAUUUAGUACAAAUAUUUCUAAAUUGUAUAGAUGCAAACCUCGUAUUCCUUAGCUUCCAAAGUGCUUAUUAUGAACUGUAAAUCUACUGUAAAUUUACCCAUGGAAAAUUCCUAUUGUGACCACAGAAACUUUUAUAGUGUAAACUAGGCUCAAGUCUCAAUAAAUUUCUUUAAUUUCUUCAUUUCAGGCUACGAUGAAAUCAAAGUGAAGCACGAACAAGCCAAGCGGGAGUUAGCGGAGACCAAAGAGGAACUACGCGUGAAACUACAUCAAUAUUCUCGACAGAACAGACAUUUUAAAGAUCUGGAGAGGAAGUAUCGAGAACUGACUGAGAUGCAUAACAGGAUGAAGGACAGAAUGGAAGAAAAGGAAAAUGAACUACAAGAAAAGGAAAAGGCGAGUUUUUCAUUAAUUUAUUUCUACUUCUUUAACAUUAUUUUUUGUGUGUUGGUGUAAUAUACUCAGGUGAAUAUGAUGCUUGUGAUGUUACUCUGAGUGUAUAUCCACACUGGGCAAGUUUUGAAAAAUAUGCCUGGUUACGGUGGGAAUAGAAACUACGACCUUUGGAAUACCAGCCCAAUGCUAAUCAACAUCGAGUCAGUAUAUUUCUUACAAAUUCUUCAAAACAAUUUACUGAUGCAAAAUUCCUACUGUUAUCACAGAAACUUUGGUUGUGUAAACCAGGAUGAAUUCAAUCAUAAUCCUUCACCGUGUCAUCAAUAAUUAAUUUGGUAAUUACAAUCAAUGAAUGCAAUCAAUCAUUUCUAAACUUGGACAAUGUCUUGCAAAAACUCCACGCUUACUUGAAUUGAGACUCCUAGGCACUGUAUGAUGGAGUCCCCUGCUUCUCCGGGCAAUAUAUUUUCACCGAUGUGUUGUAUACUUAUGUCCAAUUAUAAGUUGUUCUUGUUGAAAGAUAUUUCCCUCAAAGAUUUUUUACAAAUUCUUCAGAACUUGUAUCACAAAUCACGAUUCAUAUCGAUAUCAUCACGAUUCAUAUGCUUAACAACGUUGUCUUCCCGUUCAGACUUUGAAAGAAUUUCAAGAGAAAGUUUGGCUUAAAGACAAAGUCAUGAACGACUUCAAAGUAAACGCUGAAGAAGCACUAGAGCGAGCAGCAGAGUUAGAUAAAAGUUUAGAAGAGAAAGACGAGGACGCUGAAAGUCAAAAAGAGAAGAUAGCAAGCCUCGCUCUUCUUGUAAAUGAUUUGAGGUCUGAAUUGGCGAGGAAUAAUGUGGAUGAAAUCCGCCGAGAGUUGGAGACGAAGGAGGGAAUGAUCAGAGAGUUGCGAGCUGAAUUAAAUCUCGUCAAGAAUAGUUUGGAAAGCAAGGAAGAAGAAUUGGAAUAUUUGAAGAAAGCAAGCGAAGAUUUACAGUUUAUAUCAAGCACUUUGGAAGAUAAGGAAUAUGAGGUUUGCGUGUAAACAAUUUAGAAAUAGUUUACUAUAAAGAUCAGCAAAUUAUUGUCUUUCAAGGACUGUAACAGGGGGCAGAUCGUCAAUUUUAGGAAUGUUGACAGUUAUAGCAGCAAGAGCAUUAAAAGUAUAUUCCUCAAUUUCUAUUUAUUAUUAUUGCUACUGUGAUAGGUUACGAAGUUGGAAGCUCUGAACAGUGAUCUACGAACACAGAUCAGUUUCAAAGAUGAUCAGUUGGCCAACUUGCAGAAAGUCAUGGAGGAACAGAAGGUGAUAUUGUCUUCUACGCACGUUAAAACGCACAAGUUGUAACAAACCUGCAGCAGACUUGUAGCAAUGCUGUUCCAACAACUUGUCAACAGGAUGUGUUCGCACUGCUUGUUCCCAGCUUGUUGACAAGUUGUCAACGGCUUAUCGUUAUAUAAUGCUACAAGGUUGCUGAGCUCAACAGACUUGUUACAAGUUGUUCCAACAACUUGUUAUUGUCCUGCGAUUCAACAAUUUGUCAACAACUUGUGGGUGACAACCUUGUAGCAACUUGAUAAAAUAACAGCAUCGUUACCGACUUGUUGACAAGCUUGCUACAAGCCUGCUACGAACACAUCUUGUUGACAAGUUGUGAGAUUUUUACAUGUGUGGUUGUUUGAAUAUGCAUUAUUUCUAACAGAUCCUCUUGGAAUCUCAAAUGUAUGACCUGGAGUCGUAUGAGCGCCAGGUGAAUGAGAAAGAUAAGCUAGUACAGAAUCUCAAAGACCAGAUUGAUCAACACUGCAAGACUAUCGAUCAAAAAGACAAAGAGAUAAAACGACACAAGCGAGAAAAGGAUGAUGUAAGAAAAGAGGUAAACUAACUUGGAGUGAUUUUCAAAACAAUGAAAGACAAUGAAACAAUUUGAUCAACAACGACACAUUUAAUGCCACAAAACUUUAGGUUGGUUUACACUAUGAAAGUUUCUGUGAUCACAGUAGGAAUUUUGCAUGGGUAAACUCUAAGUUUAGAAAGAUUUGUAAGAAAUAUUUGUGGGAACUGACUCGGAUUGUAACACUAAAUCAGUUCCUCAAACAUUUCUUACAAAUCCUUCAAAUCUUAGAAUAUUUACCCAUGCAAGAUUCCUACUGUGAUCACAGAAACUUUGAUAGUAUAAACCUGGGGCCGGUUGUGUAAAACUCUUAAUCACUUUUUUAAUCACUAUUUUGUAGUUAAAUAGUGAUUAACUCUCAAAUACGCGCUUCUUAUUGGAUGACGUUUCCACUAACUAUAGUUAACUUUAAUCACUUUUUUAUACGGCCUCAGGCUUGAAGCUAACUGCAAGGCCACUGCAUAUUGCGCAUGCAAAAAUCGAAUACCAGUCAUAAAGGUGAAGGAUAUAUCCACUAAUCACAACACCAUAAUUUAUCAGGAUCUUGUAUUUCUAGGUUGAAUGGAAAGAGAAAAAGGUGCAAGGCGUAGAGGAAGAUAUUUCGUUGCAAAGGAAACAGUUGGUGCUCAUGGAGAACGAGAUGAAGAGACGCGAGAACGAAGUUGAAGAACGUGAGAACACAAUUUUGAUGGAACUUGCCACAAUGAAGGAAACGUUGGCGGAAAAAGACGCCAAGAUUAAGAGUCUUAAUUCUGACUUGAUGGAGGUACGACAAUA